AGAGCCGGUGAGUGUGUGGGCAGCGCGGCCUCUGGGAACGGAGGCCUCCGGGAGCGGAGCGCUCCCUGUCCCGCUGGUCGCCUUUUACUCCUUCCCUUGGCGCGCCCGCCACAGCUGGGAUUGCUGUGACUGGGGAGGUGGCCUGGCGCGGCCUACUGAGUGAGAGUGGUCAGGCGGUUCGCGCACCUUCACAUGGACCCCUGCUGUGGGUCCCGGGUGAACCUUGAGGCUAAGGUUGGCUGGAGCUUCCCCCGGCCACCCAGGCAGAAGGCGCUGAUUGGCUUGGAAGAGCAGGCUGGUGGUAGUGGGUCCCUUCGAUUAGUUUCCUGCCGGGAUGCUCGAGAAGCUUCUAGAAUGGACUGACGGGAGGUCGUAAUGUUUAGGGGUUAAGGCUGUAUCCAGUCUUGGGCCGUUACUACCUGUGAAGCUUCGGAUAUUAAGAUUGCCUUCCUCGCCCUUAUUUUUCUAUUUGCGGAAUGGGGGUUGUGGUGAUCCCAAAUGCCCUCGUUAAAGACUUCGGUUCCGCGGGUGAUUUCCUAAGUGCUCUGGUUGAAGUGGUGGAUGGGAGCGGCGGGACCUUAAGUGGGGCUUGGGGGCGUGGUUUUCGCCAGGGAGGUUUCGCGGUCAGAUCUCCUGAAAAGGCCCAAUGGGCUGGAAGUCCCGCAGGCUUUCUCCGAUUGGUGGGUCUUUAUUUAGCGCAGGUAGGGGCCCCCUGGAAAAGCCUGUCCGGACGAGGCCAUUUAUGUUAGGGUCACACCCUGUAUUUGCUUGCCAAGUUGCCACGUCCCUUUGCUGGUGCGUUUUUUUGUUGUUAUUCAAGAUAUUAAGCAGCAGAAAGUUUGAGAUGUUCAGUGCUCACUCAACAUUUUUUUCGGUUGUGGUAGUAUGAACUAAAAACUUCGGCACUUGAAAAUUAGCCUCUUGAGGCUUUCAGACCGAUGGUUUACUGAGUCUAAAUCUUAACUCCUUGGUGUUGAUUUGGGUGAAUCCAGUGUAACAUUGCAUUUUAGCAAUAAAUUGAUUUUUGUACUUACUGCCCCAGGAUCUUGGUUCUGAGGUCAUAAACCCAUUUAUCAUUUUUGGGAGGACUUCUAGGGCUUAAACAUGACAACUAAAGUUUUGAAAUUGAGCAGGUUGGCUUUAGGUAUGUGCUUCCCAGGUUAUGAAGAUAGAUGGAAGCACAGUCCAGGGAAAGGGCAGCAUUACCUGCUUUUGGGAGUCAGGCACUCUGUCGUUGUGCCUUUGGGUUCAGGUUUGAGAGUCCCCUCUCCGCUUCUGCAUAAUGAAAAUUUAGAGGAAAUUGCCAUUGCACAAAUGACAGCUCAGAAAAUGUAAUAGAGUUACUUCAAUUUGUAAAGAAAUUGCUGUUUUUAUUAUUCAUUUAUUUUUAGAGAGAAGGGAAGGGAGGGAGAAAGAGGGAGAGAAACAUUAGUGUGAGAGAGACACGGGAUCAGUUGCUUCUCUCUGUGCUCUGACCUGGGACAGAACCCGCAACCCAGCUGAUAGCAAGAUGUCUUCAGGAAAUGCUAAAAUUGGGCACCCUGCCCCCAACUUCAAAGCUACAGCUGUUAUGCCAGAUGGUCAGUUCAAAGAUAUCAGCCUCUCUGACUACAAAGGAAAAUAUGUGGUGUUCUUCUUUUACCCUCUUGAUUUUACCUUUGUGUGCCCCACGGAGAUCAUUGCUUUCAGUGAUAGGGCGGAAGAAUUUAAGAAACUCAACUGCCAAGUGAUUGGUGCUUCUGUGGAUUCUCACUUCUGUCACCUGGCAUGGGUCAAUACACCCAGGAAACAAGGAGGACUGGGACCCAUGAACAUUCCCUUGGUGUCAGACCCCAAGCGCUCCAUUGCUCAGGACUAUGGGGUGUUAAAGGCUGAUGAAGGCAUCUCAUUCAGGGGCCUCUUUAUCAUUGAUGAAAAAGGUAUUCUUCGCCAGAUCACCGUAAACGACCUUCCUGUUGGCCGCUCUGUGGAUGAGACUCUGAGACUAGUUCAGGCUUUCCAGUUCACUGACAAACAUGGGGAAGUGUGCCCAGCUGGCUGGAAACCUGGCAGUGAUACCAUCAAGCCCGAUGUCCAGAAGAGCAAGGAAUAUUUCUCUAAGCAGAAGUGAGCACCGGGCCAUUAUAGGGUCAUGGCGGCAGUGUACAGCCAUGAGAACAAAACCUCUCUUUUACUAUUGUCAUGCUUAAAACACAAGAUCUUAGAUUUAGUCCAGAUGUGGUCUGGGAUAAAACAGGCCUUUCCUGCAGGGUUUGGGGAGGCCAGCCUUUCUUUUUCUGGAGGAAAUGACCUGAACUUAUGAAGCAGGCCAACUGACAUGUACAGUAGUGGGGCAUCACCAUUUUUUGUGUAGUUUCUAUUAAACUUGAACUGAGA